AUGGUUAAGAAGAAUAAUGAGCCUCAAGAAAAUGAAUCUUUAGAAAAGCAAAGGACAUCCGAAUAUAUUAGGACAAAUGAUAAUGGUUCUUAUCCACUCCCAACGGGAAAAGCACUUGUAGAAACUGAUACAACAUCGCCUUCGCCUCACCUAUCAAAUCAAAAUACCAAUUUGACAAAUGCCGAUUAUCUUGGUUUAAUACUUACCUCAAAAGUUUAUCAAAUUGUAAAAGAAACUCCUUUGCAACAUGCUAUAAAUCUUUCUUUAAGAGUAAAAAAUGAAGUGUUGUUAAAAAGAGAAGAUUUACAUGAAGUGUUUUCUUUUAAAAUUAGAGGUGCUUAUAAUAAGAUAGCUCAUUUGAGUGAUGAGGAAAGGGCAAGAGGAGUAAUUGCAUGUUCUGCUGGAAAUCACGCACAAGGUGUUGCUAUGUCUGCAAAACAUCUUGGACUUAAGGCAACUAUUAAUGUCAGCGCAACUCCAGAAAUUAAAUAUCGUAAUGUUGAACGACUUGGUGCUAAAGUUGUUUUAUACGGAAAUGAUUUCGAUGAAGCCAAGCAAGAAUGUUCUCGUCUCGCCGAGAUAGAGCAACUUACUAAUAUUCCUCCUUAUGAUGAUCCAUACGUUAUAGCUGGUCAAGGAACAAUCGCGAUGGAGAUCAUGCGUCAACACAGUUUACACAAUUUGGAACAUAUUGAUGCGAUUUUCGCAUGCGUUGGUGGCGGUGGUCUUAUCGCUGGUAUUGGUAGUUACAUCAAAAGGUUAUGGCCUAACAUCAAGAUUAUUGGAGUCGAAACAUAUGAUGCUAAUGCAAUGCAUUUGUCAUUAAAAAAUCAAAAACGUGUUACUCUCGAAGAAGUCGGUUUGUUUGCUGAUGGAGCUGCUGUUAGAAUUGUAGGAGAAGAAACUUUUAGAGUAUGUAGGAAGGUGGUGGAUGAAAUGAUUAUGGUGACCACCGAUGAAAUUUAUACUCGAUCUAUUGUAGAACCUGCUGGUGCACUUGGAGUAGCAGGUGUUAAAAAAUAUAUAGCUGAUAAUAAAAUAAGUGGUGGGAUAUUUGUAGCCGUCACGUCAGGAGCAAAUAUGAACUUUGAUCGGCUUAGAUUUGUUGCCGAACGUGCUGAACUUGGGGAACAACGUGAAGCUUUGAUAUCCGUUAUUAUACCGGAGCGUCCUGGAAGCUUCGUGCGACUUUAUAAUCAUAUUUAUCCACGUCAAAUAACAGAAUUCUCUUAUAGAUACUCUGAUUCAGACAAAGCAUGGAUUUAUAUGUCAUUCAUGGUUAAUAAUCGUGAGCAAGAGCUUCCUAAAAUUUUGCAUGAUUUGAGAGAACAUGGAAUGUACGGACAAGACAUUAGCGAUAAUGAGAUGGCCAAGAGUCAUGCUAGAUACCUAGUAGGAGGCAGAAGUAAAGUCGAAAAUGAACGAUUAUAUAGAUUUGAAUUUCCAGAAAGACCUGCAGCACUUCAAAAAUUCUUAUGCGGACUUAGAUCGGAUUGGAAUAUUUCACUUUUUCAUUAUCGUAAUCAUGGAUCGGGUAUGAUGAACAAGAAAGUUGGUCAAGUUUCCUGUGUAAAUUUCUAUAUUAAACAUGCUCAUAUUACUGUUACAGAUAUAGGUAAAGUUUUGGCUGGAAUUCAAGUUCCGCCUCAGGAUUCCGAAGCGUUUGAAACUUUUAAGAAUAAUUUAGGGUACCACGUUGUUGACGAAACUGAUAACCCUGUUUAUAAACAAUUUUUAAUCAUCAUAAUGAGUAUAUUCUCAAAGUCGAAUCUUUCAGAUAAAGGCAUUACUGUUGUAUUAGGUUCUCAAUGGGGCGACGAAGGAAAGGGUAAAUUGGUUGACUUAUUGGCACAAGAGGCUGAUGUGUGCGCACGUUGCGCAGGAGGAAAUAAUGCUGGACAUACCAUUGUAGUUAAUGGUACUAAGUAUGAUUUCCAUAUACUUCCCUCGGGUUUGAUCAAUCCUAAAUGCGUAUCGGUUAUCGGAUCGGGAGUUGUCGUUCAUAUUCCUUCGUUCUUUACCGAAUUAGAACAACUGGAAGCAAAAGGAUUGGAUGUUAAAGGUCGCAUAUUUCUAUCGAAUCGUGCACAUUUAGUAUUCGAUUUCUAUCAGAUUGUUGAUGGGUUGAAAGAAUUAGAACUUGGUCGUUCAAGUAUCGGUACAACCAAGAAAGGUAUUGGGCCAGCGUAUUCAUCAAAAGCCUCACGUUCUGGUUUGCGGGUUCACCAUUUGUCGAAUCAUCAAGCAUUUGCUGAAAAAUUUCAAAAAUUGGUCACGAAUCGAAAGAAACGAUACGGGAAUUUCGAUUACAAUGUUGAAGCAGAAAUUGAACGUUACAAGGAAUUAUCUAUUCGCCUUCAGCCCUAUGUCGUUGACAGUGUAACUUUCAUGCACCAGUGUAUAGCUUCAAAAAAGAAAAUUUUAGUAGAAGGUGCCAACGCUUUGAUGCUCGAUCUUGACUUUGGUACUUACCCAUUUGUAACAAGUUCUAACACUACCGUUGGUGGUGUUAGUACUGGAUUGGGUAUUCCACCAUCCAAGAUCGAUAAAGUCAUUGGUGUGGUGAAAGCUUAUACAACUAGAGUAGGAGGCGGACCUUUCCCCACCGAAUUACUUGACGAAACUGGAGAAUAUCUACAGCGUGUUGGCGCAGAAAUAGGUGCUACUACUGGAAGAAAGCGACGUUGUGGGUGGCUUGAUCUCGUAGUUUUGAAGUAUUCAACUCUUAUCAACGGUUAUACGAGUCUCAACCUAACGAAACUUGAUGUCCUGGAUGACCUUCCAGAAAUCAAGAUUGCAACUGCGUAUUUAUUAGAUGGAAUCCCUUUGGAAAGUUUUCCAGCGGACUUGGAAUCCCUUGAAAAAAUCACCAUUCAAUAUGAGAAUCUACCGGGAUGGCAAACUGACAUUUCAAAAUGUCGUCGAUUUUCUGAUUUGCCGACAAACGCACAAAAUUACGUAAAAAGAAUCGAGAAAUAUUUAGAAGUUCCGAUUGAAUGGAUUGGCGUUGGUGCUCGUCGCGAAGAUAUGAUUGAUUUAAAAAAUAAUUAA